CUUUCUUUCUUUCUAUCCAUCUCUCCCUCCCUCUAUUAGUCUGGGCCUUUUCUCUUUCUCUGCCGUCUCACUCCUCCCAUUCCCACCACAAUCUCCCUUCAGGUCAGGGGGUAUUAGUUCUCUCACAGGGACAAGGGGAACGUUGGGACGGCAACGACUCCACGACGACAAGCCUCUCCAGCAUCAUUUCCACAACAACGCCCUCUCAGCAGGAGCAUUACCACGGCGACACCCUCUCCUGACACGCCUAGCGGACGCUGUGGGUUGGUUAGCAGGUGCAUCCUGCGCAGAGACGGGGAGGGAAGGAGGAACAUAACUAUCUUCUUUCUGUCUCUCUCUCAUAUCUCUAUCGUAUUUUUGUAUCUGAGCUGGGAUUCGACAACAAAGUUGAUGGUCAAGUCAACACUGGAGCUAUGAGACCAGGAUAAGAAUGUGUUGAACCAGAGAACGUGUUGUGUCUCUCACAAGUAGCUCUGUUUACAAACUUAGGUUGUCAGCUAGCUUGACUCAUCUGGUUGGUUGGCUGAGAGCGUUCAAAUUCUUUCCGUUCUGUGGGAAUCAUUUUGAGCUGGUUGGCCGGUCCGGGGACUUGAGUCCACUUGAGGGACAUCACCGACAGAAGGGUCAGAGGGCGACGGUGAGGUCACCGACCAGAGUGAGAGACUGGAGCAAGAAAUGUUGGCAAUUGGACCCAACAUGGAGGGGUACGGCUACGAACACUUUGGGGUGGAUGCAGAGCGGGACAGCCACCAGAUGGACUACCGGAGGAUCGUAGGGGACACUGAGCUACCCCGGCCCAGCUCCAACCCCAACUCCUCACCCCAAGACGGGGAUCACCUCUUCCGCCUCAGCCCCCACGGGCACGGGCAUGGGCAUGGGCAUGAGACGGCCGCCCAGCGAUACAGCGCCACCCGCAUCCAGGCUGGCUUUGGCCCUGAGACCAUGGCUGAUUACCUGAUCAGUGGUGGUACUGGCUACGUCCCAGAAGAUGGACUCUCCGCACAACAGCUUUUCUCCGUCGGAGACGGUCUCACUUACAAAUCUGCUCAACAACAGUCUGUUGUCGCCGACGGUCAAACGGCAGAAGAGCUAUGCUCUAAAGGCGACGGGUUGACUUACAACGACUUCCUGAUUCUGCCGGGCUUCAUUGAUUUUACCUCAGACGAAGUGGACCUGACCUCUGCCCUGACCAGGAAGAUCACCCUGAAGACGCCUCUCAUCUCCUCCCCCAUGGACACAGUCACAGAGUCAUCGAUGGCCAUCGCCAUGGCGCUCAUGGGAGGCAUCGGCCUCAUCCACCACAACUGCACUCCUGAAUUCCAAGCCAACGAGGUCCGCAAGGUUAAGAGGUUUGAGCAGGGCUUUAUCACAGACCCUCUUGUGAUGAGCCCGCGUCACACAGUGGGGGACGUGUUCGAGGCCAAGACACGCCACGGCUUCUCUGGCAUCCCCGUCACCGAGACUGGCAAGAUGGGCAGCAAGCUGGUGGGCAUCGUCACCUCCAGAGACAUCGACUUCCUCUCCGAGAAGGACCACAGCCGACCGCUGGAGGAGGCCAUGACUAAGAGGGAGGAGCUAGUGGUGGCCCCAGCCGGUGUCACCCUGAAAGAGGCUAACGACAUUCUACAGCGAAGCAAGAAAGGCAAGCUGCCCAUCGUGAACGACAGUGAUGAGCUGGUGGCCAUCAUCGCCAGAACAGACCUGAAGAAGAACAGGGAUUACCCCCUGGCCUCUAAAGACUCUCGCAAACAGCUGCUGUGCGGAGCCGCCAUUGGCACCAGGGACGACGACAAGUACAGACUGGACCUGCUGAUGCAGGCUGGGGUCGACGUGGUCGUACUGGAUUCCUCACAGGGCAACUCUGUGUAUCAGGUCAACAUGAUCAACUACAUCAAACAGAAGUACAGCGAGCUGCAGGUGGUGGGAGGGAACGUGGUGACGGCGGCUCAGGCCAAGAACCUGAUCGAUGCAGGAGUGGAUGCUCUGAGAGUGGGCAUGGGCUGUGGCUCCAUCUGCAUCACCCAGGAAGUGAUGGCGUGCGGGCGGCCUCAGGGCACUUCGGUGUAUAAGGUGGCAGAGUAUGCUAGACGUUUCGGUGUGCCAGUCAUCGCCGACGGGGGCAUUCAGACCGUGGGCCACGUGGUCAAGGCUCUCUCACUCGGGGCAUCGACAGUGAUGAUGGGCUCAUUGCUAGCGGCGACCACGGAGACUCCGGGGGAGUACUUCUUCUCGGACGGCGUGCGGCUGAAGAAGUACCGUGGCAUGGGUUCUCUGGACGCCAUGGAGAAGAGCACCAGCAGCCAGAAACGCUACUUCAGUGAAGGGGACAAGGUGAAGGUGGCUCAGGGUGUGUCCGGCUCCAUCCAGGACAAGGGCUCCAUCCAUAAGUUUAUCCCCUACCUGAUCGCUGGCAUCCAACAUGGCUGCCAGGACAUUGGUGCCAAGAGUCUCACUGUUCUACGCUCCAUGAUGUACUCUGGAGAGCUGAAGUUUGAGAAGAGGACCACGUCCGCUCAGGUGGAAGGAGGAGUCCAUGGGCUUCACUCUUACGAGAAACGACUUUACUGAUGGAGGGGCCAGAAAGAAGCGGACUAGGGCCGCCCCCGACGUCCCCACCCCCGUUGUGACCAAACAUAACCGCCACAUCUGACACCCACCUCAUCACUCUCCCUGCCGAAACCCCACACACCCCACGGGAGAGGUCUGGGGGUGAACACCUGCAAAACAAACACAAUCACCUGGGAAACAUGGGAUUUUGCACUUACGAAGCGGAACAUCAGGGUUUUCACCAUAACCCCCUCCACCCAGAAUACCGGGCCCCUUGGUGUGUGUGUUUGUGAGCUUGUUGAAGGAAGUAUAUGAAUGUCUGUGUGUGUAAGAGAGUGUGUGUGCAUGGGUGGGGACAAACUCAGUGAAGAAGGCGAUGUUGUGCUACCCUCUCCUCUUCCUGGUGAAACUGAGAUAGCCAUGCUGACACCCCUUUCUAUUCUCUGGGAUCUGCUCUUACCUGCAGCCUCAAACAUCCAAAUCAAACUAUAUGUGGAAAUAACACUUGUCUUGCUACUAUGUGUGCAAGUGUAUUGUGGCAAUCCUCCUUUAUCUAUGUAGUUAGUUCUGUUUAAGCAUAAAGAUGUUAACUGCUUUGAGAAAAGUAUAUUGUUCUGUUAAAUUUUUGACUGUGAUUCAACCGACAGACUCAUUGGCUGGGACUAUAGACUAGGUGACGUUCCCUCGCUGUAGUGGCCAUAUCAUACCCCCUUAGUCGACGUGAACCAAUAAACUAGAGCCCCUCACAAUGCUUCUAGUGUGUUGAGAGCACGGUUGGGACCAAAAGCUGGACAUCGGCCAUAGAUCAAGGAACGUUUUUAAAACCACAGUGUCGGUCAACGAUAGGUAAUACAAUAAUAUUUUAGACUGGAAUGAAACGAGUUUAGAGAGAAUUGUUUGAUUAAAAGCUGUAGAGCAGGAUUCCCCAACUGGCGGCCCAGUGGUUUUAUUUGGCCCCCUAAUUUAAAAUGAAUAAAUAAUAGUAAUAAUUUUUCAU